CGGGGCUCCCAUCUCUGCAGACGUCGGAUCGGCCGCCAUCGGACAGGUUGACAUUGACUGCAAAUACCACCGGAAGAAGGCCCGAUGGGGCGUCCUGAGCAAUGACCAGAGGCCGGCGGGCACAUGGACAUCACCUUCAGGCAGCCCCAUGGCUACUGACUCGAGCGAGCACAUGUCUACGUUACUUUGAGCGAAGCUCUGUCGUCGUACGCCCUCUCACCCCGUCUCUCGGCUCCGAACAUGCUGUGCAAAUCACAGAGCACUACGGCCCCCGCUACCUUACCGGCACUAAAACAGUCCUCACCAAAACCAAAGAGGACGCGCUUGUCCCUACUGUUGGCAUUAUGGGCUUCGAGCUUGGCAGCGUCGGUCGCAAGACCAGCAUCUCCAAGAAGCGUGCCAGCCAAUGGGUUUUCAAAGGCACUGUGCGCAGACCGCAGGGCCGUGACGGUCUUCGAACACUCGAAUGGGCUCGAAUGGGACCUCUCCGAGAACAGCAUCAACCCCGAACAAGCCCACAGUCAGACGUAUCACACCGCAUUCGGCUUUGAGCACAGCAAGCGUCCCCUCUUCAUGCGCGUUGAGGUCGAAGGCAAGCUGCGCGGUAGGAGUCGCCAAAUGAAGCACGACCUGCUCAAGUUCUCGCCACGUUCGGCAGAAAUUUACAUUGACGGAGAUGAUUUUGCCAGGCAUGUCGAGUUCAAGAAACCCCUAGAUCAGAUUGCGCGGAGCCUUGACAUGGCCAUGCAAAUGGAGAAUAUAAAGAAGAUACCUGUCGAGAUGCCAGACCAAAUGCCCGCGCAGUUCACCCGCGAAAACAUCACACAGAACUCGCCAAGUGAAGCACAGAUGUUGCUGCCUCAACAACGACCUGUUUCCCUUCGGAAGAACUGGGAACAAGCGAGGGCCAGGAAGUGGAAGAACGCCUUGAACUCCAAGGACAUGAGUGCAGCUUCGUUGAACAACACGCUCAGGAUCCCGUUCUCGAGUCUCUUCGGAGACAGCUACAAAGCCAGGCCGCUAGCGACAUGGACGCCUAUAACCUGAUGGAGGAGGCAAGAACUCGAGGCUCUGAGACAGU